AUGGCGACUGAAAUCCUAGCGGAGAAGAUACCAGAACCGGAAUCUCCACUGAAGGAAGAAGAUGGUGUUGCUGAUUCCGAGAAAAAGGAUGCUCCUUUAAGUGACGAGAAGGAGGUGGAGGAAGAUGAGGCGAAAGACGAAGACAUGGAGGAGAAAGGCGAAGUAGAUGACGGAGAAAGCGAUGAGGAAAAGACUGGAGAAGAAGGUAAGUCGCCGGUGACUCCAGUCAGUGAGAGGCCAACAAGGAUACGAAAGAAAGUGGUGCGUUACAUUUUGCCUACUCCCUCUCGACCGGCGAGCAAGCCUGUGUCAAUUGAGCAGGGUCGUGGAACACAGCUCAAGGAGAUUCCAAAUGUGGCUUAUAAACUCUCCAGGAGGAAACCUGACGACAACCUCUUCUUACUUCACACCCUUCUCUACGGGAAGAAAGGAAAGGCGCAGACGCUGAAGAGAAACAUCGGUCAGUUCUCUGGUUUUGUAUGGUCUGAGGAUGAGGAAGAGAAGCAAAGAGCAAAAGCAAAGGAGAAGCUUGAGAAAUGUAUCAAAGAAAAGCUGAUUGAUUUCUGUGUUGUGCUUGACAUACCGAUUAACAAAAAUAAUGUGAAAAAGGAAGAACUCGCUGUAAGAGUGCUUGAAUUUCUGGAAUGUCCCAAGGCAACAAGUGAUAUUGUACUUGCUGAUCGUGAAAAGAAAUCUAAAAAAAGGAAGAAGAGCACACCUGUAAACGUGACUUCUAAAGAAUCAGCAGAUGUCCCAGCCAAGAGGAGAAGGCAGACAAAGAAAUCCGGAAAGAAGCAAGAUCAGCCAUCUAAAACCGAAGAAGGAAAAGAUGAGGGAGAUGUUGGUUCCGAAGGAACUAAUGACUCUCAUGGAGAAGAUGAUGUAGCUCCAGAGAAAGAAGACGACGAAAACGAAGAUACUGAAACUGAAGAUGAGAAAGAGAAAGUUGAGUUGAAAGAGUCAACCGAUAAGAAAAGGUCGUCAAAAAGAACUAAGAAGGUUAAACAAGCACCCGAAGAGGAGAAAUCUCUUAAAGGUUCUGCAAAAUCUGGUCGAAAGUCCUCCAAACAAGUUGAUAAAUCAACCUCAUCAUCAAGCAAGAAGCAACAACUUGAUAAAGACAGUUCCUCUAAAGAGAAAGAGAAAGGCAAGAAACAGACAAGUAAACUACAGGCAAAGGGGUCCAAAGAUCAAGGAGAAGCUAGUAAGAAAGGUAAAACAGAUCCCACAAGAAAAGAAAUGCAUGUAGUGGUGGCCAAAAUUCUGAAGGAAGUAGACUUCAAUACGGCAACUCUAUCUGAUAUUCUGCGGAAGCUUGGGAGUCAUUUCGGAGUUGAUCUCAUGCAUAAAAAAACAGAGGUGAAGGAUAUCAUCACAGAUGCCAUUAACGAAAUGAGUGAUGAUGAUGAAAGAGAAAAGACAGAGGAUGAAGGUGAGAACAAGAAAGCAGAAGAGAGAAAGGAUUAG